CAGUGAUGACGUAGAAUGUAGUCGCCCACGGUCUCUUUUGUGUUUAUUUUUCAGUUCUCACCAGCUUAUGCUAACAUUACCGAUUCAAAUGCAUUUUGUGAUCAUGGGUUUGCAUAGAUCGUUUUUUUAGCUAUAGUGUGCAAGAAUGCAAAGAUGAACAAAGGCUGGCUGGAACUCGAGAGCGACCCGGGACUGUUUACUCUGCUGGUGGAAGACUUUGGGGUCAAAGGUGUCCAAGUAGAAGAAAUAUAUGACCUACAAAGCAAGUGUCAAAGUCCUGUUUAUGGCUUCAUCUUCCUGUUUAAAUGGAUCGAGGAACGUCGAUCCCGGAGGAAAGUUUCCACCUUAGUUGACGAAACCUCUGUCAUUGAUGAGGAAAUUGUUAACGACAUGUUUUUUGCACAUCAGCUGAUACCAAACUCCUGCGCCACCCAUGCAUUGCUGAGCGUGCUUCUCAACUGCAGUGGUGUUGAGCUGGGCAUCACACUCAGUCGGAUGAAGGCUUUCACAAAGGGCUUUGGUCCAGAGAGUAAGGGCUAUGCCAUAGGAAAUGCUCCAGAGCUCGCCAAAGCACACAACAGCCAUGCAAGACCGGAGCCAAGGCACUUGCCAGAGAAGCAGAAUGGAAUCAGCGCUGUGCGAACCAUGGAGGCCUUCCACUUUGUGAGCUAUGUUCCCAUCAAGGACCGCCUCUUUGAGCUGGACGGACUCAAAGCCUACCCCAUUGACCAUGGGCCUUGGGGCGAGGAGGAGGAAUGGACGGACAAGGCUCGCAGGGUCAUCAUGGAGAGGAUCGGCCUGGCAACUGCUGGUGAACCAUACCACGACAUCCGCUUCAACCUGAUGGCCGUGGUACCGGACCGAAGGAUCAAGUAUGAAUCAAAACUGGAAAUCCUCAAGAGAAAUCGACAGACUGUCCUGGAAGGACUACAACAGUUAAUACGGCUCACCCAGCCCGAGCUGGUCCAGGACAAGAAGCAGCAGGAGUCCUCUGCUGAUGAAAUCAAGAAGGAGGCGGACGCCGAGCCCGGGACCACCCGGGGGGCCACGCAGACCCCAGGCGAUCAAUCCCAGGCUACCUCCAAUCCCUCAGGCAGUGCUAAAUCUCUGGGUAAACCAGGAGGAGGUUCCCGGGUAGUCACCAGUCCCACCCCCAUCGUCCAACGCCUGCCUGCGUUCCUUGAUAACCACAACUACGCCAAGUCCCCCCUGCAGGAAGAGGAGGACCUGGCUGCGGGAGUGGGUCGCACCAGGGUAGCGGCCGCACCACCGAAGCCAACGUACUCUGACGAUGAGGAUUAUGAGGACGAAGAAGAAGAGGUUACUGGUGCUGCGGGAAAACCCAGCAGGUUAGCUGUGUUCAGAAGGAAGGCCAGCCUGCGGACGCGGUCGGGCCGCGUGGGAGGGGGCAUGGAGAGCCAGAUCGCGCUCAGCGUCCUGGCAGAGAAGCUGAAGAAGGAGGUCCAGCGGAAGGACGCCCUGAGCACGCCGCUGUCCGUGCGCACCGAGGGCCGCAACGGCGGCGUCAGCAUCACGGCGGCGUCGCAGCCGUCGCCCACGCCCAGCAACGAGAGCACGGACACGGCCUCGGAGAUCGGCAGCGCCUUCAACUCGCCGCUGCGCUCGCCGGCGCGCUCCCAGGCGGCCACGCGGCCGUCCAGCCCGGUGGCGUCCCACCUCUCCCGCGUGCUGUUCGGGGAGGACGACCUGCUGCGGCUGGACCCCCGACACAACCGCGCCGUGCGCGAGCUCGGCCCGUCCAUCUGCGUGGCGCUGCUCCACCUUCAGGAGGACGGGGUCAUCUGUUCCCUCCCGCCGUCUGUGGACUCCUCUGCCAAAGGGCCCAAGCCGCCCUUUACACCCAAGAAGAAGAUUAAAGAAGAGGAGCAAGGAGAGGAGGCCCAGGGCAGUGCCGAGGGCCCGUCUGUACAGGUGAAGGAGGAGCAGGACUGCAAGGAAGGAAUUGUGGGCAAGCCUAGCAAGGAAAAGAUGGACCCUGCGGAUGUGGUCGGAGUCCAGAAGCCACCUGGAGAUAAAUAUUCUCCCAAGGAGCUGCUGGCUCUACUGAAGUGCGUGGAAGCUGAUAUUGCUAAUUACGAAGUCUUCCUAAAGGAGGAAGUGGAAAAACGGAAGAAAUACAAGAUUGAUGACCAGAGGAGGACCCACAAUUAUGACGAGUUCAUAUGUACCUUCAUAUCAAUGUUGGCACAAGAAGGCAUGCUGGCCAGCCUGGUGGAGCAGAACAUCUCGGUGCGCCGCCGGCAGGGCGUGAGCAUCGGCCGGCUGCACAAACAGAGGAAGCCGGACCGCAGGAAACGCUCACGACCGUACAAGGCUAAGCGGCAGUAAUAUAUAUAGAUAACCACACACACACACACACACACACACACACACACACACACACACACACACACACACACACACACACACGCUCUAUGUGGUGAUCAUCUCCUAUAGAUCAUGAAGCAUCAAGCAAUCACGGCAGAGAAGAAGGAGGAAAAGAAAUGGGUGCACUUCUGUAAAGGCUGUUAGUUGUAUUUUAAGAUGGCUUCCUAUUCGUUACAAAACGGUAUCAUGCCGCAAUUUCUUUUAUAUGUAUGUGUACAUAAUGCGUUACAAUUUUAGGCCUCAUGUCAUACCUUUUGAGAUCUGCCUCUUCAGUUAAGAGGCCGGUAAUUGUACCAGGCGAACAUUGAAUGCAAAAAUGCCUUCUAUAUUUCCUUUACAGAGGGAAGAGAGCAAAUUCAUUUUCCUGAAGGUCAUCUGGUAUUUUGUAAUCAUGGUCUCACAGUAUAGUUUAUAAGGUAUUGGAACCUCAGAGAUCUGAACCGGCUCUUUUUGACUAGAAGGUGUAUAUUUCCCUCUUGGGUCCUGUAAAUGAAUGAUGAACCAUCAUCUUAUUUUUGUACCUGACAGCGCUCCCCAUGUGCGGUGGUUUAUUGUGUGCAUCUGUGUGUUUUGUACAUAUGUAUCUGUCUGCCAGCUCAGCAUCACUUGCACAGUGGGCCAGGUGGCUUUUGUCCUUACCAAUUCAUACUACAAUAAACAGAAAGAAAAUGUGCUCAUUGUUCCUUUUUAAUU